CGGCCGAGCAACCGACACGUGCAGUGAUAACAAUUUUUCAAUUUUCUCACGACUGCUCGUCCGCCAGUGUCCUUUAUCUAUGCGCCCAGGAUCCGAAGGGUCUCUAGGUUUUCCUGAAUUCGCCCGCAGAACACACCGACUCCAAAAUGGCGGAAUUCGUGCAGCACCGCAAAGAACAAAUGAUGAUCGAAAUCCCAAUGCUCAAAACGCUUUUCGACGAGAGAACCGUAAAGCGUAUACUAAAGAAACGGGAGAAUUUCGAGUACGGGCUGAUGCGCCGCAACAAGACUGAAGCGGAUUUCAAAAAUUACAUCGCAUAUUUGAAGUCCAUUAUCAAAAAAGUGGAACAGAUGGACACUCCUAACAUCGAAUCCUCGAGGCUCAUCAACAAGAUCAAUACUCGCAUCACGUUUCUGUAUCGUGCGGCUCUUAAAUAUUUCAUUGCGGACGUGAAACUCUGGAAAGAGUAUAUUAAAUUUUUGAUAAAAAUUAAACGAAAAGAAUUAUUACACAGAGUUAUAGAUAAAGCGCUUUCAUUACAUGGUAACAUCUCUGAUGAAUUAUAUGUUUUUGCAGUGAAAUCUGCGUAUCCAAAUAUUCAAAAAAUUAGAGAAAUGUACACUAUUGGAAUACAUACUCAUAAAACUUCAUCGGAUUUACAUUACUAUGCCUUUAAAUAUGAACUUGCUUUUUCAGAAAUUCUUCGGCAAAAAGUGUUGGCUAAAGAAAAAGAAGUCAGUGAUAAUGAUCCUGCGUUAAAUGGAUCAGUAGCACAAGUUAUUUUUCAAUCAGCUACUGAUACUAUAAAAAGUGAUAUCAAUGUUUUUUUUAAAAUGUUAAGAGAAGCUUCCCAGUAUAGUUUUGCAAAUAAUUUAGUGAAUGAAAUAAAAAGUUAUAUGUUAAGCAAAUUUGGUUGUGAACCAAAAUUUUGGAAUGAAUUUGCUACCCUUGAAUUAAUAAAUGAAUCUAUUGUAACAGAAAAACUUAGAAUUAAAAAUUGUCUUGAUAAAUAUGAUCAAGCAUUAUCAUUUAUUGACACUGAUGAAAUGUGGGACUACUAUUUGACUACUAUACUAGAAUUAACAUCUGAUACUGAAAAAACUGAAAUUUAUAAAAGAAAUCUACUAAGACAAUCUAUGUUUAAUGCUCACCAGAAAAAUAAAUUGAAACCAAAACAUUAUAUUGCAUGGAUGAACAAAUCCAAAAGUUCUUCUAUGUUCAAUGAAAUUGUAGAUUGGGCAACAGAAAAAUAUCCAAAUGAUCAAAGUAUUUUGGAUAAAAGAAUUGAAAGACUUGCCAAUAAUGACAAACUACUUGCUUAUAAGAUAUUCAAAGAGAAUAUCCAUAUAGUUUCCCCCAGUGUAUGGCUUAUUAUGGUACAAUGUUUUUCAAAUGAGUCACAAUUGAGUGAAAUUUUCAAUAUGGCAUUUGAAGAUAAUUCUACUUGUGCAAUUGAUGUAAAAAAGAAACUUGGAAAUGAAUAUCUGUUAUGGUUAAGCAAAAAUAAAUCCUUGACUGAUUCUCGAAACGCAUACAAUAAAUUGAUGAUCAACAACUUCUGUGAUGCAAGUUUAUGUAAGACUCAGGUGACUAUUGAAAUUGAACAAGAGAAAAUUGAUGUAACAAAGAUCAGGCAGCAUUUUACAUUAGCAUGCAUGAAGUUUGGUAAAGAAAAUAUCGAUUUGUGGAUGGACCGAAUAUUUUUCGAGUUAAAGUAUGGGUCACCAAAAAUGGUGUCUAAUAUAUACCAUCAAGCAUUAACAACUUUAAAUAAUGAAGAGUCAGAUACAUUUGCUGAGGAAUAUGCUUUAAAGGCUUCUACAUUUAAUCAACAUACAUGUUUUACAAUUACAUAAUUUAAAUCUAAGUUGAACGUAUUAAUAUAAUGUAUAUGCAUCCUAGAAAUAUUUACAAAAUUAAUAAUUUCUUCUUUUUUUUUACAAACGAUGAUAAGAAAUUCCAUUAUGUCUUGAUUGGGAAUUUUUUUCCAACAACUUUUUUCGCCACCUGAAAUAAAAUUCACAUUCAGGCGUCAGCUAA